GCAGCGUAGUCAUCUGACGGGCUGAGCGUUGUUACCGCUACAUCGAGGGCCACCGCUGUAACACAGAGCGGGACACCUACUGCCUCCAUGAGGGACCGUCUCCUGCAAGAAUAACACUGUUAAACAGACGAGGAGUAGACCGGAGAGACUACCACGAGGUUUGGAGGUUUGCAUGCGGUAAAACAUUUCUCCUGAAAUGUAGCCGGCGGCGGGAGCGGGGGUCGUUGUUAUCGCUCGGUCGCUGCAUGGCUCUUCCCGGGGAUGCCAUGAAAAUCAGAGCAGCCGACUGAGAGACCGCUGCUCCUCGCUAUCACAGACACGGCGGCGGCGGCGGUGGUGGUGGUGAUGGUGGUGGUGGUGGUGGCGGCGGAGAGCGAUGGAUACUGGUGGAAAGAUCCACAUUAGGUAGCGUUUACGAAGAUCCGAGGAGAGCUGAACGUCUCUGUUGCACAGUUUAGUCGCCGCCGGAGCUGCCUAAAGGAUGGAUUUCACCCUGCUCCGGAAUAUCAUCAGCAGAUAUUGUGUGGGGGAGGAGAUUUGGGUGGACAGUCGGACGGUGUACAUCGGGCAUAAAGAACCCCCUCCGGGAGCUGAGGCCUACAUCCCUCAGCGUUACCCCGACAACCGCAUCGUCUCCUCCAAGUAUACCUUCUGGAACUUCAUUCCCAAGAAUUUGUUUGAGCAGUUCCGAAGAAUCGCUAACUUCUACUUCUUGGUCAUAUUUCUGGUCCAGCUUAUCAUCGACACUCCCACCAGCCCAGUCACCAGCGGCCUGCCCCUCUUCUUUGUUAUCACUGUCACCGCCAUAAAACAGGGCUAUGAAGACUGGCUCAGACACAAGGCUGACUGCUCUAUAAACGAGUGUCCGGUGGACGUGGUGCAGCAGGGGAAGGUGGUGAGGACACAGAGUCACAAGCUACGGGUGGGGGACAUCGUCGUGGUGAGGGAGGACGAGACUUUCCCAUGUGACCUCAUCCUCCUCUCUUCCAGCCGCCAUGAUGGCACCUGCUAUGUCACCACUGCCAGCCUGGAUGGGGAGUCUAGUCACAAGACCUAUUAUGCUGUACCAGAUACGAUGGCCUUUAGAACGGAGCAGGAGGUGGAUUCGCUACAUGCCACUAUUGAAUGUGAACAACCGCAGCCUGACCUCUACAAAUUUGUGGGACGCAUCAAUAUUUACAAGGACAAAGAAGAGCCUGUGGCAAGACCACUUGGGGCUGAGAACAUGCUCCUUAGAGGAGCCACACUGAAGAACACACAACGUAUUUAUGCUGUUGCAGUCUACACUGGUAUGGAGACCAAGAUGGCACUUAAUUACCAGUCUAAAUCUCAGAAGCGCUCCGCUGUAGAAAAGUCGAUGAAUGCCUUCCUGAUAGUGUAUCUGUGCAUCUUGAUCAGUAAAGCAGUGAUCAACACUGUUCUGAAAUACGCUUGGCAGUGGUCUCCCGAUCGAGACGAGCCCUGGUACAACCACAGGACUGAGAAUGAGCGUCAGCGCCAUGUGGUGAUCCGAGCAUUCACAGACUUCCUGGCCUUCAUGGUCUUAUUUAAUUACAUCAUCCCCGUGUCUAUGUACGUGACGGUGGAGAUGCAGAAAUUCCUGGGCUCUUACUUCAUCACCUGGGAUGAGGAAAUGUUUGACGAAGAGCUGGGAGAGGGAGCUCAGGUCAACACCUCCGACCUGAAUGAAGAGCUGGGACAGGUGGAGUAUGUGUUUACUGAUAAGACGGGCACUCUGACUGAAAACAACAUGGAGUUUAUUGAAUGCUGUGUCGAUGGGAACGUCUACAUCCCACAUGCCAUCUGCAACGGCCAAAUCCUCAGCGCUGCCUCCAGUAUAGACAUGAUUGAUUCCUCACCUGGAGGAUACAGGAGAGAACACGAGGAUCUGUUUUUCCGGGCACUGUGUCUGUGUCACACGGUGCAGGUAAAGGAGGAGGAGACGGUGGAUGGCAUCAAGAGGGGCAUCCACCAGGGCCGGCCCACCUCCUUCUACAUCUCCUCCUCACCGGAUGAGGUGGCUUUGGUGGAGGGAAUGAAAAGGCUGGGUUACACCUAUCUGAGACUGAAAGACAACUAUAUGGAGAUCCUCAACAAAGAUGAUGAGAUUGAAAGGUUUGAGCUGCUCCACGUACUGAACUUUGACUCUGUGAGGAGGAGAAUGAGCGUCAUAGUCAGGUCAAGCUCAGGAGAAUACCUGCUGUUUUGUAAGGGGGCAGACUCGUCCAUUUUUCCUCGGGUUGUGUCUGGGAAGGUGGAGCAGGUGAAAGCCCGGGUGGAGCAGAACGCUGUCGAGGGGCUGCGGACUCUGUGUGUCGCUUACCGGAGGCUGACGCAGUCCGAAUACGAGGAGGCAUGUCAUCACCUGACGGAAGCUAAGCUGGCCUUGCAGGACAGGGAGCAGAGGCUGGCGCAGGCCUAUGACAUCAUUGAGAGGGACUUUGUGCUUUUGGGCGCUACGGCAGUAGAGGACAGGCUCCAGGAGAAAGCCGCAGACACCAUUGAGUCACUGCACAAGGCUGGGAUGAAGGUUUGGGUCCUGACAGGGGACAAGAUGGAGACGGCAGCGGCUACCUGCUACGCCAGCAAGCUGUUUCGUCGCAGCACCCAGAUCCUGGAGCUGACCAAGAAACGCACAGAGGAGCAGAGUCUGCAUGAUGUUCUGUUCGAACUGAACAGAACUGUUCUCAGACAACGCUCUAUGUCUGGGUUGUCAGUAGACUGCCUCGACUUCGGUCUGAUCAUCGAUGGGGCCACUCUGUCUGCCAUUCUAAAGCCCAACCAGGAGCGCGCCGGGACAGGCAACUACAGAGAGAUCUUUCUAGAGAUCUGUCGCAACUGUAGCGCUGUGCUCUGCUGUCGCAUGGCACCCCUGCAGAAAGCACAGAUUGUGAAGCUAAUUAAAGCUUCAAAGGAGCACCCCAUAACUCUAGCCAUCGGCGAUGGAGCCAACGAUGUCAGCAUGAUCUUGGAAGCUCAUGUGGGAAUUGGUAUCAUGGGUAAAGAAGGCCGACAAGCAGCGAGGAACAGUGACUAUGCCAUCCCGAAGUUCAAACACCUGAAGAAGAUGCUACUUGUACAUGGCCACUACUAUUACAUCCGAAUUGCUGAACUUGUUCAGUACUUCUUCUACAAGAAUGUAUGCUUCAUCUUCCCUCAGUUCCUGUAUCAGUUCUUCUGUGGGUUUUCCCAGCAGCCUCUGUACGACACCGCCUAUUUGACGUUAUACAACAUCAGCUUCACCUCACUCCCCAUCCUCCUCUACAGCCUAGUUGAGCAGCACGUCACCAUGGAGACACUCAAGAGGGACCCCUCCUUGUACAGGGACAUAGCGAAGAACUCCCUCCUCCGAUGGCCUGUCUUUCUGUAUUGGACAUGCCUGGGUGUGUUUGAUGCUGUUAUCUUCUUCUUUGGUGCCUACUUCCUGUUUGACAACACCACCUUCACCAGCAAUGGCCAGCUUAUGACCACCAACACACAGAUGAUGUUUGGGAACUGGACCUUCGGGACUCUCGUCUUUACUGUGCUGGUGUUCACCGUUACGCUCAAGCUUGCCUUGGACACACACCACUGGACAUGGAUCAAUCACUUUGUCAUCUGGGGGUCACUGCUUUUCUACGUUAUUUUCUCUCUUCUCUGGGGAGGCAUCAUUUGGCCCUUCCUGAACUACCAGAGGAUGUACUACGUGUUCAUGCAGAUGCUGUCCAGUGGUCCGGCCUGGCUCAGCAUCAUCCUGCUUAUUACGGUCAGCUUGCUGCCAGAUGUCAUCAAAAAGGUCCUCUGCAGGACCAUGUGUCCCACAGCCACCGAACGUGCACAGGAUCAGGACGAGCUGUCGCAGGAUGGUGUGGCCGAGUCAACUCCACUGUCCUCUCGUCGAUCCUACAAAGGCACGAGCACGGAGUCCUCUCACGUCCACUUUGGCGCUGUGGAGAUGCUGUCGCUACGCAGGUCUGAUCCCCUUCCCCAGAAACUACUGGCCCACUUGGCGGAAGGGGGAGGGGCAGACUUGCGCUCCCUCAGCCCCUAUGUGCUCCGACUCUCAGGGGCGGGAUUUGCCCACUACGCUCCAGGCCCGGAGACCUCAGUGUGAACACAAACGCAGACUCUGAAAUUAUGUGAAUCUUGUGGGCUGAAACAUCAAGUACAUCCCACGAUGUGCGACCAAGAUCUGUCUCUCAAGAAACAAGGAUUUAUAGAGCAAAAUACAAACAUGUUCACACACAUCAACCUCCAUGCUGAGUUCACCAUGUGCAUUUUUCUGGGCUACACCUGAGUGGACAACCUUUUAGAUAUUACAGCCCUGACGCCUCAUCUUCAUAUUUUGGGUGACAUCUUUUUUGUUUCAGCGUGGUCUCUGUCUUCGUCUCAUCACAGUUCCUACCUAAACUCUUACUUGAAAAAGUCUAAGAACAAAAGGGGAACCAUGUUCGAAGGUGCGUUGUUAAAUGCACUACUGGAACUGUCCUGUUUCAACAAGUCGGGCCUUUUUAUAUUCCUUGUCCUCAUUUUCAGUCUCACGUUUUUGCCUGUCCCUCCACUUUCGUGUCCUUUUUGCUUCUUUGUAAAUGUUUGUUGAAAACAUUUAUGUACAGUACGUGGUCUGGCCAAGUAAGGGGCAGCUGUCGAGCUUAGCCCUUUAGGUGUGCGUGUGUGUGCAUGUGCGCGAGUGUAUGCAUGAAUUUUGCCUGUUACUGUAUGUUUGUAUGUGACACACUUUUGCCUUACAGGUAACCCACACAGCAGCAGGCUAGGAGCCAAAGGAGAAAGGUGUAAAAAAACAAAAAGAAGACGUAGAAGUGGUGUUUUACAAAGCCUUACACUCACACACAUCAGCUGAAGGAGAGAAAUUAGGGGAAAUCUGAAGAGGGAUGAGCAGUAUUCUAGCCACCCUGCCUUAAUUCAUAGGUACCCAUUUUUAGUGGAUUAUAUUUUUAGGUCAAACAUGUUUGUGAGUGGACGGGGAGGGUCAGAGGGCAUCGGGUCUGGUUCGGUGUGUCUGUUAUUCCUCUUCUUUUACCCUCUGACGAUCCUGUCGACUUUAGUUUUUUGCCAGCGUAGCAUGUCCGAUCCUUCUGCUGCAUGCUGAUCUGUUCUUCUCGCGGGUCUUCCUUAUGCUCCUUCGUCACAGACAUCAUUCAUCACGAAACCAUAUCAUGCCACCUUUUUUUUCUCCAGACAAUGAGCACACUGUGCCCACUCCUGCCUCCAUGUGGCCAUGUCAGGUAACAGCAGCAGCCUGUGACCGAUCGAUGGGAGUUUUUAUUUAUGGAUGUCCUAAAUGUCUUGCUCUUUCCUCCCUGUUGCAUUGUGCUUGUGUGUUUGCUGCCAUGCUCUGUGUUAUGCAAUAGUUAAUGUAAGAAUGCUAAUGCCAAGUUGUCACAUUAUAAGGGUUUUUUUUCUCUAUGUUGCAUUAAUCCAUGAGUUUUUUCUGUAUUGUUCUAAAAUUAUUGAUGGCGGUCACUGUUGAUGUAUGGAUGUAACUUAAAAACUUUUGAUAUAUAUUGUAGUGAGAAGGGGUGUUAUUUAUAUAUAUAUAUAAAUAUAUAUAUAUAGUCUGUUGUAAGUAGGAGGGAGACUUGAAUCGGCGAUGUCACAAUCAAAUCAAUAGAAUGUUGAACUGAUUUGUCCAUCAUGUCCUCCAGCUGAAGAUUGUAGCUCAUUAUGGAUGAACCUCUUUUCUUCAUUUCUAACAUCUGAAGUCCUCUUUGUCCAAAGCAUAUCUGUCGUGUUGCACUGCAAGUGACUGACUCUGGAAGUCUUGAAUGUCAGAUUCUGAAGCAUUUUUGUAUGUUUAUACAGUUUAUUUUCAUACACAUCACCAUCUGCCAACAUGUAUAAAUUUAGUAACAGGUAUUCAGUAUUUCUCUUUUUUUUUCUUUUUUUUUUACUGGGGCACAGAUGAUUUAUCAGUUUGGUUGGAGGUCUGGAUUUGUCUCUUUUAAGUUUUCACUCAGCCCACAAGCCUCCACAAGUGUUUGGACUUUGGGGCUCAACGUCCUGACCUCAGUAGAUUAAUAAAAGAGCCUUGGUGCUUGUUAUACAGUGUCCCACCUCACUGUGCUGUUGCCAUACUGUAUCCAGACAUAUUCUACAUGUCACAUACCAAUCCUACCACAAUAAUGCUGUAAGGUCUAAUUUACUUUAAUAAUGUAAGGGGGAAAUUCUUUGUAGUUCUUCAAAAACAAUUUAUUUUAUUAUUAGCUGAGUCCUCCACAGCGCAAUUUUUCACUACAACUUGUCAUUCUUGUGUUGUCCAUUCGGAAUAUUUCUUUUGCUACUUUUGUAUCCCAGAGAGAAUACUAUAUUUUAACUCUGUUAGAAUGUAUGUUCAAGUUUGUAACCAAAAUGAGAGCAACAUAUACAUUAUAUGAUUCAUUAGAGAUUUACCUAUAGGUCUACACACUGCACUUUGUUCUACAGCUGAUCAGUUUUUCCCCUAAAACAAGGUCUAUUGUCUGUCGACUGGGGUUUAUAAGUGUUCACUCUUCCUCACAAGUUAUUUUUCUAAGAAGAUUGUAGUGGGUGAGAAAAAAAAAAGUGACCAAAUAACUUGACUAGGAAUGGGCUGUCUGUAGGUGUCAGCCUCUGUCUCAAAUGGGUUUAUUGCACCAGCCUUCUACUGCUGAUCAGAAUGUCAAAACUGCUUUUUCUAAGUCCAUCAGCAGAACAGCAGGUGCUCCUCCUGUCAUUCCUGAGCUUGGCAAAGGUCUGAAAUGUCGACUUCUGUGCUCUGAGCAGCACGCUUCAUAUCAUACCUUCAGUAUAGCACUGUUUGUAUUACUAAACAGGUUUUGAGAAAAAAUAAAAUGUCUUUAUUUUAUUUUUUUGGACAAAGAUUUUAAAAGUUCACCUGUUGACUUUUUGCCAGCCUGUCUGUAGCAAUUGAGGGCAAAGCACUGUAUUGUCAUUCUGCUUGUAAUAAAGAAAGAGUGAGAACACUUGUA